CCUCACUCCUGAUACGCUUGCGCACUCAUUGGUUUUGGAGAUAAAAGCGACUCCGCCGGAACGCAUUAGGGCUAGCCAUGGUCUUUCGAAAUUUGCACGUUUGUCCGAGGUUCGGUCACAAUCUCUAUUGGCCAUGACAUGCAUGAAGCGCAUCGCGACGGUAGGGUGGUAUAAAUGUCCAAUGGGCUGAGAUAGAGAAGAGAAUCAAUCCCGCUGUAUUUUUCCUCCACUCCAGCGAUGUCCUCCCUUUCUGGUCUCCUCCAAUUUUUCGCGGUCGCCGCGCUCGUGUCUGCAGCCCCCUCGCAGACCGACACCGCUAAGCGCGCAACGUGCACGGUGAACAGCGUUGCCAGCGCUUCGGGACUUUCUGGAUGCACAAACGUCGUCAUCCAGGCAUUCACUGUCCCCGCUGAUAAAACUAUAACUAUCGCGGCAGCUAGCGGCGCCACGGUCACGAUGACCGGAGACAUUACCUUCGCAAAGACCACUGUGAAUGGCCCACUCAUCACUUUUGACACCCCAAAUAUCAACUUCAACGGUGGAAACCACCGCAUUGACGGCAACGGCGCCUUGUACUGGGAUGGACAAGGCACUAACGGAGGGACAUUCAAGCCCCACCCCUUCGUCAAAUUCCGAAACUAUGGCACUUUCUCCUCGGUGACGGUGCUCAACUCGCCCGCUCAAGCCGUCUCGGUUGGCACCACCGCCAAAUCAACGAUCCAGCAGGUUACGAUCGACAACUCUGCUGGCAAUUCCAAGGGCCACAACACGGACGGCUUCGAUAUCAGCGCCGACUCUGUCACCGUCUCCCAGUGCAAGGUGAUGAAUCAGGACGACUGCGUUGCAGUCAACUCUGGCGAUGGAGUCGUCAUUCAGAACACGACUUGCACCGGCGGACACGGAAUCUCGAUUGGAUCGAUCGCGUCGGGCUACUCUGUGACGAACUUCCGCGCGACGGGAAACACGGUCAGCAACAGUAAGUACGGACUGCGCAUCAAGGUCGACGCGAACGCAUCCAAUGCAAAGGUGGCAGGUGCGACGUAUUCUGGGAACACGCUGUCGGGGAUCAGCGACUACGGGAUCCUCAUCUCGCAGAGCUAUCCGACGGAGGAUGGAACGAGUGUUGGCACCGGCGGUCCCAUCUCGGGUGUCUCGUUCACCAGUGGCAAGACUACGCUGGCUGUGGACGCAGGCGCGUUCUCCGUUGUCGUGAACUGCGGUGCCUGCUCUGGUGCAUGGGACUGGUCAGCACUCGAUGUUACUGCGGCAGGAAAAGGUCACAAGCUCUCUGUCGACAAGGCCAAGAUAUCUGGCGGUGUUUAUUAGUUUUGUCUUCUUCACUAUGUGGAACCCUGGAAUGAGAGAUAAUAAACGACCUAUCGAUUCACGUUCUCACCCGUGUUACAUCGUUGACGCAUAAGAGACUGCUUAUCGAUGCAACUUCGGCGCUGUCGUCCGGAGGAUGCCAAGCGACAUGGGAAAGGUGAUGAUGAUCUGUGAUGAUCAUGCGUGCGCGUGAGCCGGUCCAAUCGUGGCUGCGCGGCUAUACCCGAGCCCGGAUCGCAGGAGUUCCUGUCCCCCACAAUGUCUCCAUUUGGUGAGAUCUUGCCCGCACGUGUGUUCCGCUUCCAAUGGACCGACGAAGUAGACAGCAGAGAUCUGUCUAUCCCUGGAUCCGCAGCGUCUUCGUCUCCCACUCACGGCCUGGACUUUACACUGGACUCAUUACGUGGUGCUGUUAAACUAUUUUGGUACAUCCAUUGUCCAGGAUCGGCAGUUGCUUUUUCGGGUCACGGAAAGCUGACCAGGCUACCCAAUAUGGCCCUAGCAUACGAUAAAUUUGAGAGGCAAACACCGUGGAUUGGGAGGGGGGUUCUCAACGAUACGUGCGAACUUGCGGAGCAAAAGAGCGUUUGAAGAAGUAAAGUUUUCAGCCGACCAUGAGCCGACCAUUCCACCCAGAACCAUUCCGUCGUAUUUUGGAUCCCCGUAUCCGAUUUGGAUCGAACCCCGAACCUCCAUGGGAAACGCCCCCGGUUUCAGGCUGCAGCCCGUGAGAGGCAAUUGCACAUCCAGAUCUUAGUAUUGAGGAGCACAUAUUUGUAUACCACCCCCCCGGACGUUUCCAAUCGUGAAUGUAUCUC